UCUUCGUUCUCUCUUCCCUUCUUCUCUACUUCUCUGUGAACCCUAAUUAUGGCAAUGGAUUUGAAUUUAUGGAGUUAGAGAUGGAGUGAGGAGGAGUUGAAGUGGAGAAUGAGACAUUGGAUUCUUCUUGUGAAUGAAAAAAAGUAGGGGUUUUAGAGGGUUUUGGAGGUUGGAUCGUCUGAGGCUUUGUGGGACUUUAAGUUUUUCUUCUUCUCUGAGUAUAGAUUGGAAGAGUAGAGGAGAAAGCAUUGGUGGCAUUUGGUUCUGAUUGAGAGCCUAGUAAAAGGGGCUUCUACUAUUUGGAUCCUUGUGGAAUUCGAAGAAUUUGAGAGUUUAAGGAUUUGAGGGUUAGAUCAUGGCCACAAACUGUGACUCUGAUCCUCCUGGCAGCCCUCCGGGAAAUCCCACAGUGCCCUUUAGCCAUCACACUGUCUCAGGACAGUCAUUCACCUAUUCAUGUGAUGACCAACAUAGUGAGAAUGGCAAUGUGGAAUUCGCUAAGUACCUUGUCGAUGCCCCCCCAACCCCUGACAUCCAGCCUUUGGAUAGAAACAUUGGACUCAUAGCAGAAAGACGGCAUGCUUCUGAGAAUCUCUUCAUUGGUGGAUUCAAUUGUCUCACUCACGGACACCCCUUGGGUCGUAGGAUUGACCCACCGAUGACGAAGGAAUCGCUCUGUGCCAUCCAUGGAUGUGAUGGUCAAGUCAUGAGGGAUGGGAGUGGGCAAGCAAUCUUCCCUUGUGAGUGUUCCUUCAAAAUAUGUAUUGAUUGCUUCAAAGAUGCUACUAAGAUUGGUGAGGGGAACUGCCCUGGGUGCAAGGAGCCUUACAAGUCGACAAAUUUGGAUGAGGUUAUGCGAUUGUCUUUGCCUCUAUCACCAGGUCCUGUUGCAUCAAAGAUGGAAAGGAGGCUAUCAAUCAUGAGGUCAGGCAAGUUGUUAACAAGGAGCUUGACCCCGAAUGGAGAUUUUGAUCACAAUCGGUGGUUGUUUGAGACAAGGGGUACUUAUGGAUAUGGGAAUGCAAUCUGGCCGCAGGAGAAUGACCGUGAUGGAAAGGAUGGGGGUGCUAAGGGGCAGCCAUCGGAGCUAUCCAACAAGCAAUGGAGGCCACUCUCGCGCAAAAUCAAGAUCCCUGCGGCCAUUCUGAGUCCAUAUAGGCUUCUUGUUGUUCUUCGCAUGGUUGUUCUAGGCCUGUUUCUUGCAUGGCGGAUUAAGCACAAGAAUGAGGAUGCCGUAUGGCUCUGGGGGAUGUCAGUUGUCUGUGAAUUGUGGUUUGCAUUUUCUUGGGUUCUUGAUCAGCUUCCAAAGCUAUGCCCUGUUAAUCGUGAAACAGAUCUUGAUGUUCUCACUGAGAAGUUUGAGACAUGCAGCCCUGAUAACCCCCAUGGAAUAUCUGAUCUUCCAGGAGUUGAUGUGUUUGUUUCCACAGCUGACCCAGAGAAGGAACCUCCGUUGGUCACAGCAAAUACUAUACUAUCCAUCCUUGCUGCGGACUAUCCGGUCGAGAAGCUCUCUUGCUAUGUUUCUGAUGAUGCGGGCGCUCUUCUGACAUUUGAAGCCAUGGCUGAAGCUGCAAGCUUUGCUGAAAUCUGGGUCCCAUUUUGCCGUAAACAUGAUAUUGAACCUAGAAAUCCAGAGAGCUAUUUUAAUUUGAGGGGGGAUCCUUACAAAAACAAGGUGCGUUCUGAUUUUGUGAAGGAUAGGAGGAGGAUGAAGAGGGAGUAUGAUGAGUUCAAGGUCCGGAUCAAUGGCUUGCCAGAUUCCAUCCGUCGGCGUUCAGAUGCUUUGCAUGCUCGCGAGGAGAUGGAUGCCGUGCGCAGUCAACGAGAUAAUGUAAAUUUUGAUAUCAUGGAACCUGUGAAGAUACCCAAAUCUACUAGGAUGGCAGAUAUGACUCCUUGGCCUGGAACUUGGAUAAAUCCCUCCAUUGAUCAUUAUCGAGGUGACCACGCUGGGAUAAUACAGGUGAUGCUAAAGCCUGCAGAUGAAAACCCCUUGCAAAACAGGAAUGUGAAUCUUCCCCUUGAUUUCACAAAUGUGGACACCCGCCUUCCCCUACUUGUUUAUGUCUCUCGUGAGAAACGCCCUGGCUAUGAUCACAACAAAAAGGCGGGAGCCAUGAAUGCCCUUGUUCGUGCAUCGGCAGUCAUGUCCAAUGGUGCAUUCAUCCUUAACCUGGAUUGUGAUCACUACAUCUACAACUCACUGGCAAUUCGUGAGGGAAUGUGCUUCAUGAUGGACCGUGGUGGGGAUUGCAUAUCCUACGUACAGUUUCCUCAGCGUUUCGAAGGCAUCGAUCCUUCUGACCGCUAUGCUAACCAUAACACAGUCUUCUUUGAUGGUAACAUGCGAGCCCUUGAUGGCCUUCAAGGUCCGGUCUAUGUCGGAACUGGUUGCCUCUUCCGCCGCAUUGCACUCUACGGUUUUGAUCCUCCUCGAGUCAAGGAACAUCAAUCUGGUUGUUGCAGCUGCUGCUUCCCACGACUGCGCAAGAGUAAAGCAGCUGUUGCUUCUGAUGAGACCCAAGCUCUGCGUAUGGGAGACUUUGAGGAAGAGGAGAUGAGCAUUUCACAAUUUCCGAAGAGGUUUGGAAACUCUAACAUCUUUAUCGACUCAAUAUCAAGAGCUGUGCAGGAAGGCCAGCCUCUUGCCGACCACCCUGUUGUGAAGAAUGGUCGUCCACCUGGUGCUCUCAUUGGCCCCCGUCAGCCCCUCGAGGCUAAAAAUUUGGCAGACGCAAUCAAUGUGAUCUCUUGCUGGUAUGAAGAUAAGACUGAAUGGGGUGACCGUGUUGGUUGGAUCUAUGGGUCUGUAACUGAAGAUGUCGUCACUGGUUACCGAAUGCAUAACCGAGGAUGGCGGUCAGUUUACUAUGUGACCAAGCGUGAUGCUUUCCGAGGAACUGCUCCGAUCAAUCUCACUGACCGGCUUCAUCAAGUACUUCGAUGGGCAACAGGGUCAGUGGAAAUCUUCUUCUCUCGCAACAAUGCACUCUUGGCAGGCCCCAGGAUGAAGCUAUUGCAGAGAAUUGCAUAUCUCAACGUCGGCAUCUACCCGUUCACAUCCAUCUUCCUUAUUGUCUACUGUUUCCUGCCAGCUCUUUCCCUCUUCUCAGGCCAGUUUAUAGUGCAGAACCUCAAUGUCACCUUCCUCACAUACCUUCUUGUCAUCGCCAUCACUCUCUGCUUGUUGGCCGUGCUUGAGGUCAAGUGGUCUGGUAUUGAGCUUGAAGAAUGGUGGCGAAAUGAACAAUUCUGGCUCAUUGGCGGUACCAGUGCUCAUCUUGCUGCCGUACUCCAAGGAUUGCUAAAGGUCGUUGCAGGAAUUGAUAUCUCAUUCACCCUCACAUCAAAAUCAGCUGGUGAUGACAUGGAUGAUGAGUUUGCUGAUCUUUACCUUGUUAAAUGGACAUCACUGAUGAUUCCACCGAUCACAAUCAUGAUGGUGAACUUGAUCGCCAUUGCUGUUGGGAUUAGUCGCACGAUAUACAGUACGGUGCCGCAAUGGAGCAAGUUACUGGGUGGAGUGUUCUUCAGCUUCUGGGUGCUGGCCCAUCUUUAUCCCUUUGCAAAGGGGCUGAUGGGUCGGAGGGGGCGGACGCCUACCAUUGUGUUUGUGUGGUCCGGCCUCAUUUCCAUUACAAUAUCGCUGCUAUGGAUUUCAAUCAAUCCUCCAAAUGCAAAUUCGCAGAUUGGCGGUUCAUUCACUUUCCCUUGAUCAACAGUAUAGCUUCCUCUAUUCAACCGAAUUUUCUCAAUGAAUUUUUAAACCGACUAAACCAACUGGAGUUGCUCUCAUAUUUUUCACUUGGAUUUUUACAGAGGAGUGACCUUUUUUUCGAUGCGCUUCUAUACAUAGAGCUUUUUAUUCAACAAGUUUCAGAAUUUUCAUAUGGGAGAGGUUGUUUAGAUCGGUUUUGUGGAAUAUAUCUGCUUAUUUGUAAAUCAGUAGCAGGGUAGAAGGUUUCAUGGUUCAUCAGGAUGAUGUAAUUUUUUUAUUUAGCAUUCAUUCUGUUGGUUUAUUUAAUUUACCUUUUCAAG